UACAGAAAUGUAACCACGUUACACAGUGAGUGGCCUCUGUAUGAAUGAAACCGGCAACCGUGAAUGAAAAUUGAUUUUAAUUAUAUCAACAAUAAGCCCCCGCAGCCGUACAGGAGUGAGAUAUCCGACAGCGCCAAUUAUGAGGAUCAUGAUCAAUAUGACCAGACGAAAUUGAAUCUUACGUCGCGCGCUAAUCGAUAGGUUACAUUUACUCCCCUCUGUGUUCCUUACUAGAUAGUUAGUUGUGAUAUUAAACAUAAAUCUACUAAUAGUGACUUGCAAACGGCAAACAAGAAUAUGAUCCCGUGAUAGAUUGGCUGAAAAAGGUACCAGGUCAUUGACAAACAAAAUUCAUCACUUCAUUGUGGUGCCUAUCAACGGGAGCGUAUUGAGUCUUAAUCCGAACCUUAAAACAACAAUAAAGUGAGUGAGUACCUAGUGAGAUCUGGAAACUGGAACAGGAACAAACACGGCAGGGAGUCUCUUGGGUCGUUUUUCUGUUUCCAGGGAGUGUGUGCUAUUUUGUUGAAACCCCGGGAAGUGUGUGAAAACAAGCCUCAACAGCGUUGUGAAGAACCCAAAGUAAGGAAAGCAUAAAAAGGAUAACAAAACAACACUGGCGUUUCGAGACUCGAAAGCAUCCUCAACGCUUUAGUGACCAGAUAGAAAGAAAGCGAACAACACAGACGUCCGUUUUUUUUCCAAAGAGCUGAUCCCAAUCGUCACGUGAAAGUUUACGCAAAAUAAAGUGAGGGCCGUAUGUGAAUCUAGCAGAGUUUUACCGAAUUCAGUGUUUUUUUUUUUGAAGAAAAGUGCAAUACGGGUCCUAAAGUGAGUAAAACCCUGACCAAAGCCGCGAAGUGAACCUUGGCAACCUCGUGUGCAAAAAGUGCGUUAGAUCGGUUGAUCGGAAAACAGUUCCCGUGUUCCGGUGCGUCGGCUGUCGAGCGGGCCCGAAGAAAACGGCAUUACGAUUCAUUUCGAAAAAGUGGCCUCAAUCGGCGGCAACACGCUGAAUUUCACGGAUUUGGGGAGCCCCUACGAGGGCUCCCCCAGCACACCGCAGUCCGGGAUGGACGCCCCGGAUGCACCGCACACGCCAAAGUACCUCGAUGGUGGAGCGACGGCUGGGGCGGCCGUUCCCGGCAAGUCAGCCUUCGUCGAGCUGCAGCAGCAUGGAUACGGUGGAAUUAGGAGCGGGUAUCAGCAUUUCAGCGCGCAGGGUGGUCAGGAUUCCGGGUUUCCUAGUCCGCGAAGUGCACUCGGUUAUCCCUUCCCGCCCAUGCACCAAAACUCGUACUCCGGGUAUCACUUAGGCAGUUAUGCACCACCCUGCGCUAGUCCACCAAAAGAUGAUUUCCUCUCGGACAAAAUCGAGGACACCGGCCUGCGGGUCAACGGCAAAGGCAAGAAAAUGCGAAAACCCCGCACCAUCUACAGUUCCCUACAGCUGCAGCAGCUCAACCGAAGAUUUCAACGAACCCAGUACCUAGCACUGCCGGAACGGGCGGAAUUGGCCGCCAGUCUCGGGCUGACGCAAACGCAAGUGAAGAUUUGGUUUCAAAACCGGCGGUCCAAGUACAAGAAAAUGAUGAAGGCAGCGUCCGGACCGGGCGUCGGCUCAGGACUUCCAUUGGGCGCGCCCAACCAAGGUGGUCACAGUCCGUCGCAGCAUCAGAACAUGCACCAAGCACCCGGCGGUGGUUCUAGCAGUGGGUCUCCAUCGCACUUCCUACCUCCCGGACACAGUCCCACGCCGUCGAGUACGCCGGUAUCGGAGCUUUCACCUGCCGAUCGAAUUCCAGGCCUCAGUCCGCCCUCUCAAGCACCCUGGGAGCAGAAACCGCCCCCGCACCACUGGGGUGACCACAAGCCCCCGCAGAUGGCACCGCAGACGAACCACGCACCUCCGCAGCCGACCCACGCGCCCCAGAUGGGCGGCUACGUACCUCAGUACUGGUAUCAACCGGAAACGAAUCCAUCACUAUUAACCGUGUGGCCAGCGGUUUAACAAAACGAGAAUGUAAAUUAUAAUUUUAACUAUUCUUAGUGAGUAAUAGGGAAAAGUUUCAAAACUACAGAAAACACAAGAACAAAAUAUCGGGUGCAAACUAAGCGAGUGUGCAUGGAAGCCAGUAAAUGCCUGCGAUUUCUCGAACCUGGUAAAAUAUAUGGUUUGAGUGAUCGUUCAAUUACUGAAUGAAAGUGUCAACAACUAGAAGCGAAUAAAUGUGAAAAUUUAAACAAAAAAGGAAAGCUACUUCCACCGGCAAGUUUGUGGCUUGUGGCGAGACGCUAGCAGCUAGUGAUGUGAGCCGAUAUUCGGCAAACGACGACGAGCAUCGUUACGCGUACGCGUGCACUUGAAUUUUAACGAGUUUCAUGAUACAAAAUACCCCAGAACAUCGCAACAGAACAUUCGGGUGGAACAUCCCGGAAUGACGACCGUCGGCGGUGCGGUUUAGGUGUAUGUAGUGCAAAUGGGCUUGAGAGAAGUAAGAGCUUUGUGCAAUAUCCGUAAGUGUUAAUCGUAAUGUAAACCUUUCUUUGUUUCCAAACGCACCCAGAAGGAAAAUCCUUACUUUUUGCGCCAGGGAGAAAAAACACAUGUUUGAAUUUACUUAAAUCAAAUUGUAUUACUUUAUAUUGAUUGUUUCGGUUUGUCGUCAAAAUGAAAAGCUGAACAAACUUCCUUUUCGAAACAAAAAUCCUUACUAAUACUGGUGAUCGAAACCCCCAAAACAUUCCAUUUCGAGCAUUCCGAUUGCCGCACUGUUAGCAAGAAAAGUAUUGAAACUGCUGGCAUUUUAUCAUAAACAAAGCACGCAAAAUAGUCCAUUGUUGAUUUUGUUUUACCCCAUACCUAUUUGUUGCUGCCAUCAAGUGAAAAAGAGAGAAAAGCUUUUUAAGGAAAACACAAUAACUGAUAUACGAACCUAGCAUUUUACAAAAUCUACCGAUUAUAGUGAAUAUAAAACAAAAAUAAAUCACAGCACCAACAGAACGAACAUAGAAAACAGAAAAUCAACCCACAAAGACAGGUGAAUAAACAGCAAAACAAACAGAAAUAGCAAAUGAAUCAAACUAUAUUGUAUUAAGUAGCAAUUUCCAUGGACAAGUUUCAAUCGAAGAAAAAAUAACGUGCAAGUUAAUGUACAUACAAAAAUAAAAGAAAAAACUUGUUCGCAAAAAAAAACAGAAACAGGUUUAGGAAGUCAGCUUUUCUCAAUCGAACUAGGAGGCAAGGAAUCUGUACAGGAGAAACAAGGAUGACAGCGAAUUUAAAACGAAUUUACGAAUCACUCGUCGUCCGUUGAUGAUGAGUUUUGAGUGACCCCAGUGUGUGAGCGAGACAGAUCGAGUGAGAUAGUGAAUGAGAGACAGAGACGAAGUUGCUUUGCAAAAGUACUAAUAAUUUAAGCUGGACACGAAAGUGACGAUUGUGAUUAGUCGGUAAUUAAAUUAAAACAAAAUUAAACUGCAGAAAGUUAAAUACAAUUGUGUACAUAAGCUACUUGAGAAUAAAACAUAAUUGAUAAACGCAAAAUCAAACAAAAAUACAAGGAUAAAAGUAAGUUAAACAAUUGUAAAAAAAACAAAACUAUUUAAAUAAUCGGUGAGCAAAACGAAAAAAAACUGGUAGGCACGAAUUAAAGCAUAAGAUUCGAUUUUGGAUGCAAAGAGUAAUAGAUUUGGUUUUUCGAAUUAUUAUUUAAUCGACAGACGAAAGCAAAAAGUACAUGCAUGGGAAAUUUUCUAUGGAAAAAUAAAAACCUUCAAAAACAAUUAUUGAGUUGAGAACAGACACAUAAAAAAAAACAAACAAAACAAAAAACCCACUAGCGAACGCAAAAGGGGAAUCCAUCCCCCCCGAUUCUCUGCGAGAAAUUCGGUCGUGUGAGUAGGAGUUAAGGAAUUGUUUAUUAUUCUAUUAUGGAGAUAAUAAUUAAAAUUAUAUUAUAAUGAGAAAAAAACCUUGUAACGAUUGUGAAUGUACAUUGGAAAAUUCGAAAGACGGUAUUAAACUAUUAUUAUAAAAAUUGAA